AUGGCAUCCCGUACCGCAUCCUCUCUCUUGCGCCAGCUGCGUCCGAGUGCUUUGCGACUCCAACCCUACGGCGCCGCCAACCGCCUCCUGCGCCAACCGCCGCCCAUCAGCGCACGACCAUCCGCGCUCCUCGUGCGCGCCGCGCACACCAUCCCCCGUCCGCCGCCCCCGUCCGAACCAGUCAAGACCGAACCUACGGCGAGUGCUGCUGCCGACGCGUGGCAGCCCGCCGACGCGCCGGCCAGCGAGGGCGAGCGCCCCGAGGCCAAAAACCCAGCCUACUACCAGCUCUCCUUUACCUGCGUGCCGUGCAGCCACCGCUCGCACCACAACAUCUCCAAGCAGGGCUACCACGCCGGCUCCGUCCUCAUCACCUGCCCGAGCUGCCGCAACCGGCACGUCAUCAGCGAUCACCUCAACAUCUUUGGCGACCGCAAGGUGACGGUCGAGGACCUGAUGCGCGAACAGGGUCGUCUGGUCAAGCGCGGCAGCCUUGGUGAGGAUGGCGAUAUUGAGUUCUGGCCGGACGAGGAGCAAGGGACCGAGACCAAGGCGGGCAGUUCAUAA